AUGAAACUAACCGAAUUAAUAACCCAAAAUAAAGAAGUAAAAACUAUCCUCCAAGAAUUAGAUCAAGAAUUAAAAAAUUCUUGCCAAAAAGCUGGUUGUCCACCUACUUGCCAGCAAUCACCCUCUAGUCCACAAAGAAUUUUAGCCCAACUAAAAAUCAUGGAAAACCCUAAUGACCCUAAACCCAUUCCUACUAUCCAACAAACCCAACAAUAUUUAGAUCAAGAAGGAAAACAAAAUAAUGGAGCGAUUUAUAUCGAUAAAAAUGGCUUGUGUAUUGAAUGUCGGAAUAAAGAAGAACACGUUGAUCACCCUUGCUUAAUGAAUAAGCAACAAAAGGCUGAAAUAGGCAAAUAUCCGAUCAAUAUUUAUUGCGAUACUGAUACUUUUCCUAAUUUGUUGAUUAACCUCCAAGCACCAUCUUGUCCACUUUCGGAAGAAGAAUGCCGACAAAUAAAUCAUCUCCAUUAUAUUUUGAAAGGGCAAGAAAUAGUUGUUGACAAUGAGAGUAGAAAAAUAAAAAUCGGUGAGGCGGUUAUUCUGGAAAAGCGGGGUGUUGGCGAAAAUAGUCCGGACAGCCGAGGCACGCGGGCUUUGAAAUUACUUCAUAAAUUAGUGCCAGAAUUUACGGCUGUUCAUCCUAGUACCGAUAAGAAAUUAUUUCAAGAAUUUAGUCGCUAUAAAAACCCGUCCCGUUUUGAAGUUUUUCAAGAAGGAACUUUUGAGAACGUUUAUUAUAUUGAUAUUAAAUCCUGCUACGCUAAUAUUAUGAAGGAUUAUCCUUUGCCGUGUGGUCGAUCUGAACAUCUCAAAGACCCGCAGUUAAUAGAACAAAAACUGCAAGAAGGCAAAAGCGGAUUUGUUAAAUUUUACUUGGAAAAUUAUGCACAAAUUAAAAAGAAACAAAUUCCUUUUAUUCCCACACGGGAUUAUAUGACAGAAGGAGGCGGAAUAAAAUCAGCCCUAAAAAGAAAAAAGAGAAUAUUAUUACACACUCGCUUAUUUUGGGCUUUUAAUAAACACUAUAAAAGAGGUUGUGCUAAUAAAUAUUUAAAUUAUUGCGAUGAAUUAAAAAAAGAAGAAAAGACUGAAAAAGAAGGCAAAAUUCAAUUAGCACUGUUAAGGACUUAUUACUUAUAUCGACAAUUUCCAUUGGAAAGUGUAUUAACUAUUCGGAGUGAUUGUGUGAUAGUAAAAGGAAUAGCCAAAUUGCCGCCGGAAAUAGAAAAAAAUAAUCAUUUGUAUAAGAUAAAAUUUUUUAAAAAAUUGCGGUUAAGUAAAGAGUUAGACAUUUUUGAUUGUGAAACUGGCACUUUAUUAAAAAGUCCUAAAUCGGGUUCUACUAGAAAAGACCAAGAGGAGAAACUACAGCAAGAAUAUUAA